UCAGAGUCCAAUGAGCCAGCCAUUUACUCAUCAUCCGACAAUAGGACUCGGCAUUUCAACUGGAAAACUCGAACAACACAGGUGUCGGCGAUCUCUUGUCAUCGCAGGAAAAUUGUGAAGUGGAAAUGAAGCAGCUCUGCACAGCUCUGUUCCUGCUCCACGCUCUCCUGACUGUCUCCGGUGUUGAAAACAUAACGGAGGGCUCACAGGAUGUUUCGUGCACGGAGUCGGAGGAACUUUGCCUGUCCUCUAAUUCCACGGCCACUAGCAUCUAUGUCAUCAACACCAAGAUGUCCUGCUGUGCCGCCGGCUAUGAGAUGGCAUGGACAGACCAAAGCUGCUCCUGCAAAAAGACGAAGGAAGCCAUUGCUUGCAACACUGGAGAAGAUGCCUGCGCCUCUGCCGAAUAUGCUGUCCUGGAUGACAGCGGGACGAAGCGUUGUUGCCCGGACAACAGCACCUUGCAGAGUUUCCGCUUCAGACUCAAGGGCAAAAACUAUUUACAUGUGCAUGUCUGCUGGACACGCAGGAGGAUGGGGCAUGGAUGUCGUCCUACGGUCUGUCCUUCCUGGACAGUCAGGAUGCCUUCAAUGCUACGGCUCUCAUUGGUGAUAUUGCAGUGAAUCGAAAUGCAUGGGCAGACUACGCCUAUAGAAUGGCAAACAACAUGUGGAAGGUUCUCCAAAACGCAUUCCGUUGGUUUUAAAAAUCACAUUUCCCAUGUCUCAAAUAGUUCUGAGACCUUCAAUACCAAAGCUAAUUACUGUCGUGAUUAUGAGCUUUGUGAUUAUAGUUUCUGUAGUAAAAGUGUCGGAAUACUUUAUCUUCUGUAUCUUUGUCUUCAUUAAGAGUAGAACAGAUUUUUGGCUGAAUGUUUAAUGUUACGGUAACUUUGUGUGGGAAAAUCUGAUUAUAUUUGCUUGGCUUCAGUAGAUAUUAUAUCUAAUUUUGCUGAAAAAGCUAUAACUCUUAGGAAUUCCCUCUGCUCCGAAAAUUUCUUGUGAACCAAUACGAUGUAGAUUGUAGAAGGCUGCAUUUUGUGGCUAAUGGACAAAGGAUGGCAAUGCUGUAUUGAUAUUCCCAAAGAGAAUGUUUAUUUCAACACUUGCUUUCGUAUUAUAUGCCAGAUAGCAUGUAUCCAUGUGUAAAAUAUUAUGGUCUCACAAAUACAAGUUUAUCAAAAGCGUGUCCAUUACGUCUAAGUGUACUUCUAAAGAGGGAAGUCUAAUAAAAUUUCUGUUAAACAUAA